AUGCCCCGAUGUUACAACGCCGGUUUUUCUUCCCCCCCUUUUUUUUCCGAACAGACCGUCCUGGUGCUGAGUGACUUGAAGCCGUCAACCAAUCAACCUGCUCCAGCAGAUUCUCAUAGCACCAAAAUUAUGAUCUUCAGCAGCGUUUCCGUGUCUAAUUUGCGUUGCGUGCACGGAGUUCGGUGUCCCUGUGGAAAGUUGGUGUGGCGCUUAUCUCCUUCAUGUAGAAGCAACGUGAUUGCAUAUCUACGCUGGGGGACCUUGGUACGCUUAUGUGUUGUGUGCUUGGAACCCUAUUUUUUCCCCCCAUUCGACUUACCUGUAGCAGUGUUUUCCUUAUCUUUUCACUUGUUUCCCGGGAUCGGGUUCUGCGUCAUGGCCGCAUUACUCAUUCUGUAA